AUGAUGGAGUUUGGAACUAACUCUGGCCAGUAUCGGAACUACCCCUUCAGCGGCCCGAAUAUGAACAACGCCCACUUGAACAACAACUACAUCACCAUGUCAAAUAGCAUGAACAACAUGAGCAACAUGGGUAGCAUGAGUAACGUCAGCAUGUCUGAUAUUUCGUCCCAUAUCGACUCGUUCUCGGGCCAGGACAUGAUGCAAAUGUCCCCUAGUGGUCCUUUCCCCCAGUACUCGCCCGAGGUGCUCGGUUCCAUGAUGCCGCAGAGCUUCGCCAACAUGAACAUGAGCAACAUGGGUGCCCAGACAGGCGGCAUGGACAUGUAUGGCUCACCUGUCGUGGAGCCUCAGUUUUCCCAGACUGGCCUCGAAUCCGGCGGCGCAGAUGUCCAGAUGGUCGGCUCUUCCGAAGACCAGUCUCUCGGGACCAGCACGGCACCGCUUAUAAAUAACCUGGACCUUGGCAUGACCGGCGUCGAAGGAAUGGCCGCGACUCCAGCCCCAGAAAAUCGCCCUCAGGCUCAUGUUCAGGCUCGAGCCCAGUCACAAGCACUUGCCCAACAACAGGCCGAAACCCAAUCCCAAACCCAUAAAUCGGCUCAGCCCAAACGACCGCCAUUUGAGCAGGAGCAGAGUCAUACCCCCGUGAGCCAAAGCCAGAGCCAGAAAACCAGCCCGCUCAGCGCCCAGUCGGGAGCCUCCGUACAGGCGCCAGCUGCGCCUUCGACGCUGACACGGGACCUGUCAACCAACAGUUCAUCAACACCACCGCACGCUUCCUCUCUCUCUACCACGCAGACGUCACAGGUCCAGGUCGCCCAUUCGGCCGCCACUACGCCCGCCGCCGGCCCUCAGACACCGCGACUCGACACAAAGGACAAGAGCGUUUACUCCAAAAGCGGAUUCGACAUGCUGAAGGCAUUGUGGUACGUCGCGACUCGCAAGAACCCGGAAAUUCACCUAGGCGCCGUGGACAUGUCUUGUGCCUUUGUCGUAUGCGACAUGUCUCUGAACGACUGUCCCAUUAUCUAUGUGUCCGACAACUUCCAGAACUUGACCGGUUAUAGUCGGCAUGAAAUUGUGGGACAAAACUGUCGUUUCCUCCAGGCUCCAGACGGUGCCGUCGAAGCUGGUUCGAAGCGCGAGUUUGUCGACGAUGCUGCCGUGUACAAUCUCAAGCAAAAGAUUCACGAAGGCAAAGAGGUCCAACAAAGUCUCAUCAACUAUCGAAAAGGCGGCAAGCCGUUCCUGAAUCUUCUGACCAUGAUACCCAUUCCAUGGGAUGACCCUGAUGAAAUCAGGUUCUUUGUCGGCUUCCAGAUUGAUCUUGUCGAGUGUCCUGAUGCUAUUGCCUCCAGCCAAGAUGCGCAGGGUGUCCAGGUCAAUUAUAUGCACAGCGAUAUCGGGCAGUACAUCUGGACACCGCCGAACGCAGGCCAGUGGGAGCCGGAAAAUGGGCAGACAUUGGGAGUAGAUGACGUCUCGACCUUGUUGCAGCAGUUCAACCCCAAAGGCCUUGUUUCGGACUGGCACAAACAGUCCUGGGACAAGAUGCUUCUGGAGAACGCAGAUGACGUCGUUCAUGUCCUUUCACUGAAGGGCCUCUUUCUUUACCUCUCACCCUCAUGCAAGCGGGUACUCGAGUACGACGCCGCUGAGUUGGCAGGAAACACAUUAUCCAGCAUCUGCCACCCUUCCGACAUCGUCCCCGUAACUCGAGAGCUGAAGGACACAACGCCCGGAAGCCCGGUCAACAUUGUCUUCCGUAUCCGGCGGAAGCACAGCGGUUAUACGUGGUUCGAGAGUCACGGCUCACUAUUUGUCGAGCAGGGCAAGGGACGCAAGAGCAUCAUCCUUGUCGGCCGCAAAAGGCCAGUCUUUGCACUGAGUCGUCGCAACCUUGAUGCCAACGGCGGCAUCGGUGACAGUGAGCUGUGGACGAAGCUCUCCACAUCAGGCAUGUUUUUGUUCGUAUCGUCAAAUGUUCGGUCUCUCCUGGACCUGCAACCGAACGAUCUCAUUGGCACUAGCAUUCAAGAGCUCAUGCGGAAAGAGUCACGAGCCGAAUUCGGCCGCACGAUCGAAAAGGCACGACGUGGCAAAAUUGUCACUUGUAAGCAUGAAGUUCAGAAUAGGAGGGGUCAGGUAUUACAGGCACAGACGGUUCUGUAUCCUGGCGACGCCUGCGAGGGUCAGAAGCCCACCUUUCUACUCGCUCAAACCAAACUCAUCAAGGCUUCGUCCAGAGCAAUUGCACCUGCAGCAACACCACCCGGAAGCGUCAAGUCCACUGGUAAGAAAGGCCAACUGCAGACGUCAUCGACUGGAGGCGCCGAGGCCCAAGCGGGCGGUAUCGUGUCAGCGCCAGCAGGCGGGGCAUUGGCUCUGGGCACCCAGGAUGUCGCACUCGCAGCAGACGACAACAUAUUCGACGAACUGCGUACUACCAAGUGCUCGAGCUGGCAGUUCGAGCUGCGGCAGAUGGAGAAGGUGAAUCGAAUUCUGGCCGAGGAGCUUGGCGGCCUUCUCUCCAAUAAGAAGAAGAGAAAGAGAAGAAAGGGUGUGGGCAACGUGGUCCGAGACUGCGCCAACUGCCACACACGGAACACCCCUGAAUGGAGGCGAGGACCUAGUGGUCAGCGUGAUCUAUGCAACAGUUGCGGUCUGCGAUGGGCUAAACAGACCGGACGAGUUUCACCCCGCAAUUCGUCUCGCGGCGGGAACAGCGGUGAUGCGGCAAGUAAACGAUCCAAUUCGCCCCAUCAGUCUUCACCCCUCCAUCGUGAGCUUGGUGCCGAUGGAGUGGUCCAUGCCGAAGAUACUUCGGCGGGUAGCGGCGCGCUGAAUCCAGCCAAGGUGCAUGCAACAAUGCCCCCGCCCAGUCAACCAUUGCUUGAAGGGGGUAGCGGCGCAGGCAUCACAUCGAUCCGCGAAGAACGAGAGAUUUAUAACACCAACUAG